AUGCCUACGUUGGCUACAAAAUCACGUGUACCUCAUUUACCGACGUCUAGCAAAUGGGUUCAAGAAAACUUUCGUGUUGGCGAAGUGCUCGGUUCAGGUUCUUUUGGCAAUGUCUAUAAAAUAGAAUGUCUUCGAGAGCCUUGUACGUUGUAUGCAAUGAAAGAAUUGGCGAGAAGUAAUUUACCAAGUUUCAUAGCUGCAGAACUACGUACUUUGCGAAAAUAUGGUGGUGUUCAUAAUAUUGUGGGAAUUCAUGCAGCUCACCGCGAAGAGGAUCGCGUUUUCAUUGUUAUGGAUUAUUUUGAGCAUACUCCUACUAGGGACUUUAUAGGAUCUAUUACUGUGCCAGAAAUUUUGGAUUACAUGAAGCACUUAUUGGAUGCAUUAAGAUAUUUACAUGGGAAAGGUAUUAUUCAUCGGGAUGUAAAACCAUCUAAUUUUCUUUACAACCGAGCAAAGCAUAAGUAUUGUUUAAUUGAUUUUGGUCUUUGCGAAGAAAUACCUAGAGGCCAAUCUCCGAUGAAGUAUGUUAGAAAUCAUGAUAAGUCUCGAGAACAAUCUGUCUCUAAAGCACUUAGAGUAUGGAAUAGAAAUAAAGAUGAUAUAGAAAAACAAGCUGAAAAGUGGGGCACGGAGGUUUGCAAGUGCUAUGGUUUCCCGCGCGUCUGUAACAUAUGUACCAAGCGACCUCGACUUAAUGUUAACAAAGCUGGAACACCAGGAUUUCGUGCUCCGGAGGUCUUGUUGAAAUUUGAAAGUCAAACUUCAUUGCUAGACAUUUGGUCGGCUGGUAUCACAUUUUUGUCUCUGAUUUGCCACAAACAUCCAGUGAUGCGCCCUGACGAUGAUUUUGAAGCAAUCGCUCAAAUGGCUACGAUUUUUGGUUCCGAUGCGAUGGUACAAGUUGCUCGAAAGAAUAAUUCGUUGUUAUUAACAAGCUGGAACUUUCGCGGGCUUGAUUUAGUUAAAUUUGUGAAUGCUAUUCGAAACGAAAGUUUACCAGAUCAAAGUCACUAUUGCGAUUCAUGCAGAAAUCUUUUUUUCGGCAAUUACGGUGCAAAAUGCUUGUGUGUUACAUCAGAAGAAUAUUCUCUAAGAGAGCUUGCCCCCGACGAACGUCAAGUAUUCGAAAUACUGAAAAAGUGUUUAAUCGUAGAUCCUGAAGUACGAUACAGCGCUGAGAUGCUUUCUUCAUUUUUUUAA